AUGGGGGAAUCGGAUUAUAAGUCUGCCCCUAGCUCUAUCAACGAGGGCUCGCCUCUCAUGGUUGCCACUUCCCCUGCAGACAGACGUGGUGGACACCCUCUUGCCGGUGCGGAUGAGCCGUCUAAGAAUGCAUUGUACAUGUGUCUUUUGACUCUGUCUAUUGGUGGACUUCAGAUUGUUUGGUCUGUUGAACUUUCUAAUGGAUCGCCAUUCCUUCUAUCCCUCGGGAUGAGCAAGUCGCUUCUUGCCUUUGUUUGGAUAGCCGGUCCCUUGACGGGUGCGCUGGUACAACCAUACAUCGGUAUUCGAAGCGAUAACUGCCGGCUCGCGUGGGGUAAGAGGAAACCAUUCAUGGUUGUUGGAGGCGCGGCAACGGUCGUUUCGUUGCUAGCUCUAGCAUGGGUGAAAGAGAUUGUGGGGGGCUUUCUGUCUAUAUUCGGUGUUGAAUCAACAUCUGCUGGAGUCAAGGUCGUUAUCAUUAUCAUGGCAACGAUUUUCAUGUAUUGCCUUGAUUUUUCCAUUAAUACAGUGCAAGCUGCAAUCAGAGCAUUCAUUGUCGACAAUUGCCCUACCCACCAGCAGGAGCUGUCCAACGCUUGGGCUAGUCGUAUGGUCGGCAUUGGCAACAUCUUGGGGUAUAUCUUUGGCUACAUGGACUUGCCGAAAGUUGUCCCUUCCUUGGGAAAUACCCAGUUCAAGGUUCUUUGUGUACUGUCCUCGGUCUUUCUGGGCGCAACUCUUGCCAUUAGUUGCGUCUAUAUUAAAGAGCGGGAUCCCCGAGGGGACGGACCUGUGACCGACAAGCUAGGCGUUAUCUCUUUUUUCAAAAAGGUCAUCAAGUCUAUUCGGAACUUGCCGACACAGAUCUCCCGUGUCUGUCAUGUGCAGUUCGCAGCGUGGGUGGGCUGGUUCCCAUUCCUGUACUACUCCACGACCUACAUCGGGCAGCUGUACGUCAAUCCCGUUUUCGCAGAUAAUCCCCAUCUCUCCGAGGGUGAGGUCGACAAGGCCUGGGAAGAUGCUACUCGCAUCGGGACACUAGCUCUGCUCAUCUAUGCUAUCAUCUCCUUCCUUGCCAAUAUGUUGCUUCCCCUUUUCGUGGUUCCGUUAUAUGGACCGGCGCCAGAAACUGUUUCGCAACGGGAUUCUCUAGACGGGGGUUCCGAUGAUGAGGCAGAACCAGCUGCAAGAAGACUGUCAUUUUCAAGUAUGCCGACGGGAAAUCCAUCCGAACCUCUGCUCGACGCUGUUCCAAUCGCACAGGACACCGAAGGGAAACCGACUUGGCUUUCACGUCUGCGCAUCCCAGGCCUGACUCUUCCGCGAGUCUGGCUCCUCUCCCACCUCCUCUUUGCAGCGUGCAUGUUCAGUACUUUCUUCAUCUACUCUCACCAAGCCGGGUCGGUACUUGUGGGCAUUAUCGGCAUCUCCUGGGCUGUAGCGCUGUGGGCACCCUUCGCUCUUAUCGCGGCGGAGGUAGCUAGGAUUGAUCCUUCUAGACAAAAUGAUUCCCGCACAGCCCCGUCCACCUAUGACGAACAUGAAGCUGAGGCCCAGGACGAGGGUCCUGGUGAACAUAACAGUGUUGGAGGCAAUGACAUUGAGCAUGGACACCCGAAGAACCAUCGCGAUGGUGAUGUUGCACAGGCGGGUAUUAUUCUUGGACUGCAUAAUAUGGCUAUUUCUCUACCCCAGAUCCUGUCUAGUCUUGUCUGCAGUGCUAUCUUCAAGGCAUCUCAGAAGCAAAGAGGAGAGCCGUGGGAUGAUAGUGUGGGCUGGGUACUACGGUUUGGUGGAUGUGCUGCGUUGGUGGCUGCAUGGUUGACUAGACGGGUUUCGGAUGGAUCAAGAUAG